CCCCGAAGCAGUUCACACCUAUUCCUGAGGAAAAGGACAUGACUCAGUGGAAGGGCGAGUAACUGCAGGAAAAGAGAGUCGAGACCGCGCGUUUGCGAGUGAGCAGGAGAGUUUACCUGUGUAAACCGUCUGCUGGCAGCGGUGUGUGAUAGCUGCCCCCCUAGUGUAAAUAGCCUCCCUCCGACAGCUCUAGACGGACCAAGUGGCCAGAAAGGGGACUUCCCGGGAGAGAAACGACUCCACACAAUGAACAAAUAAAACGGGAGAGCUGAAAUGUGGAACAGUCGGGUGUGUGUUUGUGUGAACUGGAGUGGGGGUGGUGCACGGGAAAGGGAGAGACACUGAGCGGUGAGGGAAAUCCGGAGAGGAGGCGAGCUGCUGUCGGUUUUAAUGGUGGCAAUUCUGUGGAAGGCAUUGAGUGGAAGAGGGCGAAGCAGGGAGGCACCCGAGUAAUGAACGGGGGAGGGACCGCGAAAAGUGUAGCCCGGAGUGUGCGUGGACCAGCUCAGUUCCCGACACUAUCGUAAGCAGGUUUACCCAACAACCAUGCCUACUUCUCUCAGGGGGCUUACUCGCAAGUAAAACGAACCCAAGACUGCUGCGCAAAAGGGGCAAUUCUAAGGGGCGCAACCCUGAAAGGGUACCACCUGAAUGGGUCUGAUUGAUGUGGAAAAGAGCUACGACUUUCAUUUGCAAAGGCGUUGUGAGGUUUCCUGCAGACUGGGAAAGGCCUAACUGUUUGGAGCACCAUCAGAUAGUUCUAUUGAGAACUGGAAGACUCCCUUGGGCAUCUAUAACAUCCUACUGUCUAACUAGGAAUAAAUCUGCAUCUGUGACGCUGGAUGUACGGACUGCUUGCCUUGGAGUAAAGGCGACUUUCUCCAUUUUGGAAUAUGGUGCCUAAUUUCAGCAUUCCAGUAUUUGUUGUGCCAGCAGUAGUUCUGUGCUGCUUGAUGUCAACAACGGAGGCAGAUAAUAAACCAAGCUUCAUAAAAACCCCUGAAGAUCAGAUUGGGAUUUCUGGAGGAGUGGCCUCCUUUGUAUGCCAAGCAACAGGAGAACCAAAGCCACGCAUCACAUGGAUGAAAAAAGGAAAGAAAGUCAGCUCCCAGCGAUUUGAAGUUAUUGAAUUUGAUGAUGGUUCUGGAUCAGUGCUACGUAUUCAGCCUCUUCGUGUCCUUCGGGAUGAAGCAAUCUAUGAAUGCAUGGCUACCAAUAGUGUUGGGGAGAUAAACACAAGUGCCAAACUGACAGUGUUGGAAGAGAAUCAGAUCCCGUCUGGCUUUCCAACCAUAGAUAUGGGCCCACAAUUGAAGGUAGUAGAGAAAGCCCGCACUGCUACAAUGCUCUGUGCUGCCAGUGGCAACCCUGAUCCUGAAAUCUCCUGGUUUAAAGACUUCCUUCCUGUUGACACAGCUGCUAGCAAUGGGAGAAUCAAACAGCUCCGUUCAGGGGCCUUGCAAAUUGAAAACAGUGAGGAGUCGGACCAAGGCAAAUAUGAGUGUGUCGCAACGAACAGUGCAGGGACACGUUACUCCGCUCCAGCCAACCUUUAUGUGCGAGUGCGACGAGUGUCACCUCGGUUUUCAAUCCCUCCAAGCAACCAUGAGGUGAUGCCUGGAGGGAGUGUUAACCUCACAUGCGUAGCAGUGGGAUCCCCCAUGCCCUAUGUGAAGUGGAUUGCUGGAGAUGUGGAGCUCACAAAAGAAGAUGACAUGCCAAUGGGCAGGAAUGUUCUAGAACUGACCAAUAUCACACAGUCUGCCAACUAUACCUGUGAAGCUAUGUCUUCACUAGGUGUAAUCCAUGCAACAGCACAGAUCACUGUCAAAGCCUUGCCAAAGCCACCAGUAGACACAUUAGUAACUGAGACAACAGCCACCAGUGUGACUCUUACUUGGGAUUCAGGAAAUGCUGAUCCAAUCUCCUACUAUGUCAUUCAGUAUAAGUCAAAAUCACAAGAGGGCACAUUCCAAGAAGUGGAUGGUGUAGCAACCACUCGGUACAGCAUUGGUGGUCUGAGCCCCUUCUCAGAAUACGAAUUUCGCAUUAUUGCUGUAAACAACAUUGGCAGAAGUCCCCCUAGUGAGUUGGUUGAAGCAAGAACUGGAGAACAAGCCCCUUCCAGUGCACCCCUCAAAGUGCAGGCUCGGAUGCUGAGUGCCAGCACCAUGCUGGUCCAAUGGGAGCAGCCUGAAGAACCCAAUGGACUGAUCCGGGGCUACCGAGUGUACUACACUACUGACUCUCACCUACCACUCAACAUGUGGCAGAAGCACAACACUGAUGACAGCCACCUCACUACUGUGGGCAGCUUGAUAACCGGGACCACUUACAGUAUCCGUGUCUUGGCUUUCACUUCAGUUGGUGACGGCCCCCCUUCUGAAAUCAUCCAGGUCAAGACCCAGCAGGGUGUUCCAGCUCAGCCAGCAGAUUUCCAAGCUGAGGCAGAGUCUGACACACGGAUCAUGUUAACUUGGCUGCCUGCCUCUCAGGAACGCAUCACCAAGUAUGAACUGGUGUACUGGGAAGCACCCGAUGGGAUCCAGCAUAAAGUGGAAUUUGACCAAGCCUCCUCAUAUGCAGCUGAAGGGCUCAAACCAGACACACUCUACAGGUUCCAGCUAGGAGCCCGCUCUGAGCUGGGCCUGGGAGUCUAUACCCCAGUUUUGGAAGCCCGGACAGCACAGUCAACCCCUUCUGCCCCACCCCAAGAUGUUGUAUGUGUAAGCACCAGCUCCACUGCCAUUCGGGUAAGUUGGGUACCACCACCGGCUCAGAGCCGCAAUGGAGUCAUCACACAGUAUUCCAUCGCAUAUCAAGCAGUGGAAGGAGAGGACAGCACCAAGCAUGUGGUUGAGGGCAUUGGACACGAGCACUCCAGCUGGGAGAUCAACGACUUGGAGAAAUGGACAGAGUACAAAGUGUGGGUGAGGGCCCACACAGAUGUGGGCCCUGGGCCAGAGAGCACCCCUGUCUGGGUUCGCACAGAUGAGGACGUGCCUGGUGCUCCACCACGAAAAGUGGAGGUGGAAUCAGUGAACUCAACAGCCAUUCGUGUUUCCUGGAAAUCUCCAAUUUCCAACAAACAGCAUGGCCAAAUUCGAGGCUACCAAGUUACGUAUGUGAAGAUGGAAAACAAUGAACCAGUUGGACCACAUGUCAUCAAAGAUGUUGUGGUGGCAGAACCCCAGUUGAGGUUUAAGGAUGCUGUUGACCACGAGACCAUCAUUGGAGGCCUUUUACCUGAAACUACCUAUUCUGUCAGCAUUGCAGCCUAUACCACUAAAGGAGAUGGAGCCCGGAGUAAGGCCAAGGUGAUUACAACCACUGGAGCAGUCCCAGGCAAACCUACCAUGAUGAUCAGCACCACAGCCAUGAAUACAGCUCUAAUCAAUUGGCAUCCACCCAAAGAGAUGAUUGGGGAGCUCCUGGGCUAUGUGCUACAGUAUAAACGUGCUGAUGAGGAGAAGAUGACGAUCAUUCAUUUCGGGAAGAAUGAUGAUCACCACACUGUGACGGGCCUUUACAAGGGUGCCACCUACAUCUUCAAGCUGUCUGCCAAGAAUAGGGCUGGUUCUGGGGAAGAAUUUGAAAAGGAAAUUACAACUACAGAGGAGGUGCCAAGUGGCUUCCCCCAGAACCUGCAUGUGGUGGGGCUUACUACCUCUACCACUAAAGUAAUGUGGAAUCCACCAUCGCUAGCUGAGCAGAAUGGGAAAAUUAUCAACUAUACUGUUGUAUACAGAGAUAUUAAUAGCCAGCACAACCUGACUAAUGUUACUAAGGAAACAAGCAUCACCCUGGCCAAUCUCAAACCUGACACGACCUAUGACAUCAAAGUUAGAGCCCACAAUAGCAAGGGGGCUGGGCCCCUCAGCCCAAGCAUUCAGUCUAGGACAAUGCCGAUGGAGCAAGUGUUUGCAAAAAAUUUCCGUGUCAGUGCUGUGAUGAAAACAUCAGUUCUGCUUAGCUGGGAGGUGCCAGACACGUAUAAAUCUGCCGUACCCUUCAAGAUUCUCUACAAUAGCCAGACUGUGGAGGUAGAUGGUCAUUCCAUGAAGAAGCUAAUUAGUGACCUGAAGCCAGAUACAAAUUACUCCUUUGCACUCACAAAUCGUGGAAGCAGUGCAGGUGCACUGCAGCAUCGGGUCUUCAUCCGGACAGCACCUGAUGUCCUCCAGACUAAGCCCAUUUCUACAUACAAAUAUAUCCAUAAUGGACAGUUCGCUCUCACUCUCCCCAAAGUGAAAACCACAGUGCCAGUCAGGUGGUAUUACAUUGUGGUAGUGCCAUUAGACCACACAAACAACAUACCUGCUUCUAGAUUGAAGACCCCAGAUGAAAUGGAACUGGACCAGCUACUUGAGGCCAUAAACCAAGGAGUCACAGACAGGCGCCAACGUCGGCAGGCAGAUCGCCUCAAGCCAUACAUUGCUGCCCAAGUAGAUGAUCUGCCAGAGACCUUUGUAUUGGGGGAUGAGAAAACCUAUAAAGGUUUCUACAAUAAGCCACUAUCUGAAGACCUGAGCUACCGGUGUUUUGUUCUAGCUUCACUGGAAGAUGGCGAUACGAAGAAGUAUGCUGCCAGUCCCUACUCAGAUGAGAUUGUGAUGGAAGUAUCAGCCAAACAGCAGGAUGAACCAGAAAUGUUGUGGGUAAUGGGGCCUGUUCUGGCUGUUAUCUUAAUCAUCAUCAUUGUCAUUGCAAUCCUGCUCUUCAAAAGCAAACAAGAAAGAAAAAGGGCCAAUUCACCCUCCUCCAAGGAUGAACAUGCCAUUGGUCUGAAGGAUUCAUUGCUGGCCCAUUCCUCUGACCCUGUUGAAAUGAGACGUCUCAACUAUCAAACACCAGGUAUGCGUGAUCACCCUCCCAUUCCAGUGACAGACCUUGCUGACAAUAUCGACCGAUUGAAGGCCAAUGAUGGGCUCAAGUUCUCCCAGGAAUAUGAGUCCAUAGAUCCUGGACAGCAGUUCACGUGGGAAAACUCCAAUCUGGAGGUGAACAAGCCAAAGAAUCGCUAUGCAAAUGUGAUUGCCUAUGAUCACUCCCGUGUCAUCCUGUCGUCCAUUGAUGGGGUCCCUGGAAGUGACUACAUCAAUGCCAAUUACAUUGAUGGCUACCGCAAGCAGAAUGCCUACAUUGCUACACAGGGGCCUCUGCCAGAGACACUCAGUGACUUUUGGAGAAUGGUGUGGGAACAACGCACAGCAACUGUUGUUAUGAUGACCCGACUGGAGGAGAAGUCUCGGGUGAAGUGUGACCAGUACUGGCCAAGCCGUGGUACAGAAACCUAUGGAUUGAUCCAGGUGACAUUGCUGGACACAGUUGAACUUGCAACUUACACAGUCCGGACAUUUGCCCUAUACAAGAAUGGGUCCAGUGAAAAGCGGGAGCUGCGUCAGUUCCAGUUUAUGGCUUGGCCUGACCAUGGUGUGCCGGAGUAUCCUACCCCUAUCUUGGCCUUCCUGAGACGGGUGAAAGCCUGCAAUCCUCCAGAUGCUGGCCCAGUGGUUGUACACUGCAGUGCCGGUGUGGGCAGGACAGGCUGCUUCAUCGUAAUUGAUGCCAUGCUUGAGAGGAUGAAACAUGAGAAGACAGUGGACAUCUAUGGGCACGUGACAUGCAUGCGCUCACAGAGAAACUAUAUGGUGCAGACUGAAGAUCAGUAUAUCUUCAUCCAUGAGGCCUUGCUUGAGGCAGCCACCUGCGGAAACACGGAGGUCCCUGCACGCAACCUCUUUGCUCACAUCCAGAAACUGAGCCAGGUACCUCCAGGGGAGAGUGUCACAGCAAUGGAACUAGAGUUUAAGCUUCUUGCCAAUUCUAAAGCACAUACCUCACGAUUCAUCAGUGCCAACCUCCCGUGCAACAAAUUCAAAAACCGUCUGGUGAAUAUCAUGCCCUAUGAGCUGACGCGGGUUUGCCUGCAGCCUAUCCGUGGUGUUGAGGGCUCAGAUUACAUCAACGCCAGCUUUGUAGAUGGCUACAGGCAGCAAAAGGCCUACAUUGCCACACAGGGACCCCUGGCUGAGACCACAGAGGAUUUCUGGCGGAUGCUGUGGGAGCACAACUCCACAAUUGUGGUGAUGCUGACCAAGUUGCGAGAGAUGGGGCGGGAGAAAUGUCAUCAGUAUUGGCCAGCAGAGCGCUCUGCUCGGUACCAGUACUUUGUGGUGGACCCCAUGGCUGAAUACAACAUGCCUCAGUACAUCUUGCGGGAAUUCAAGGUCACUGAUGCCCGUGAUGGGCAGUCCAGAACCAUCCGGCAGUUCCAGUUCACUGACUGGCCUGAGCAAGGAGUACCAAAAACAGGCGAGGGCUUCAUUGACUUCAUUGGGCAGGUACAUAAGACCAAGGAGCAAUUUGGCCAGGAUGGGCCCAUCACUGUACACUGCAGUGCGGGAGUUGGACGCACUGGGGUGUUCAUCACGUUAAGCAUUGUACUGGAGCGCAUGCGCUAUGAAGGCGUCGUUGACAUGUUCCAGACGGUGAAGACCCUGAGAACACAGCGACCAGCCAUGGUGCAGACAGAGGACCAGUACCAGCUGUGCUACAGAGCUGCACUGGAGUAUCUUGGCAGCUUUGAUCACUAUGCAACGUAACUAGUGCUUUUGGCCAGUUGCAACAGGAAUGUCCAAGAGCAGAGACGGGUUCUUCCCAGCCAGCCGCCCAUUUGUUAGUCCUGUGCAGAUGCUGCGGCAACAGCCUCCCCAUGACAAACCAGUUAUGAUCGCAGUAUUUAGGUACAUUGCCACAGCGCCAAAAGUGGGACCAUCUUCUUACAUUUCCAAGUUCCAGAUGAAUUUCUUUUAAUGGCCCCACUCCUCCUCCUGCCCUUGAUAGCAUUUCAUGGUGAGAGUCAUUGGGUGGAUGGAAUGGGAUCUUUUAUAUAUGUAAAAUAGUUAACUAGCCUUUUAUAUCUUUUUUUUUCUUUUCUUUUUAAUUCUUUGCAAGUCUUAAUGUUUUGCUCAGGCAAAACAAGGAAAUGGAGGUGGUGGGAUUUGAAUUUCCUUUUGUUCCUCCCCCCUUACUCUUUUGUUGUCUCAACCGCAGUGGCGUUGCCCAUUUUCGGGCAGCCCCAGGUUAAUAUUAGUGGCUGGCUCACAGUUCUGGGUUCCUUCCACACCCUCUAGAGUCCUGUAGAAUAUUCAAAUUCACAGAGCUGGGGCCAGCCUAACGAUUAUUUCGAAAGCCUUUUCCUCCUAAAGGCCUGUCUGUCAGGUGGGACUCUAGCAGGUAUCAGAUGCUUGGUCCUAUUGACAUGUGUCCAGUGACCUCAUAUUUGUCAGUUGAUCCCAUGUGAGCUUUCCAUUCACAGGAGAGAUCCACACACACACACCCGGGAUCCUCUCUUGUUAAGAUGGAUGAAAAGGUGGCCUCUCCGCCAUGCACACAGUCUUAAGUUCCCCAGAGGGAUGUGACCACAGAUACACAUGUAUCCAGUCCUUUUAGUACCAGUAGCAUCCAGAGGGGCUGUUGCCCAGGCAACUGCAACCAACCAAAUGCAUUAGAACAUAUUCUAAGGUGAAAGAGCACAACUCUGGGAAGUCCAGCCUUCCUGCACAAACCCCAGAAACGGGGUGCCUUCGUUAUAUGGGGGGGAGAGGGGGAAUUGGGGUUCUUCAGGUAAGGAAAUCAGUUCUCAGAUGCUGGGUGUGGCUAUAAUUUCUUCUAUCCUGUAAACAUUUAAAAGUCAUUAGAAUGCUAUAUUUUCCACUAUGAAAAGAUGGUCUAAUUAACCAAUGUGGCAAGACUACUGGACUUAAUUUAAUGGUACUGUAUAUUAAUACUCCUUAUUAUCUCACACUUGCACUACAGGCAGGGAGAUUACAGCCUUCUCCCAGGUGCAUAGCUCUAUAAAUAAAGGUGGUGGAAAGGUCUCUAACUGUAUUACCCAAUGUAUCCAAACUGCAUUGAAAUCAACAAUCCUGGAUGGUGAUGUUGGAGAGAACAUUCAUUUUUAACUUGUGAAAGCAUAGUGCUGUAGGGGUCACUGUUGUAUACAGUCUGUUUUCUAUUUGUUAAUAAAAAUCUACAGCAUCAUUGCAUAAUUCUUGAUGUUAAUAAAUUUGAAUAAUCGGGUUUCCUACA